CUCGUUAUCCACAAUUCUCUCUCGAUUGCGAUUUUUAGGGUUCUCGAUUUGGAAUCGAUUGCGUUUUCUCGUAUAAGCUUGCGGUGCUGUUUCUUUUGAAUCUUGAAAUCGGGAUUUGAUUGAAGAAUAAGAAGGGGAUCAAGGGGCUUACGGUUUUUGCUCAAAUUCAUAUAUUAUUGGCAUACUGAAUGAUCUAAUGGAAACAAAAGGUGGUAAAAAGUCUAGUAGUAGUAGUAAAUCCUUAUUCUACGAAGCUCCUCUCGGUUACAGCAUUGAAGACAUUCGACCCAACGGUGGCAUCAAGAAAUUCCGAUCUGCUGCUUACUCUAACUGUGUGAGGAAGCCAUCAAUGGCCUUGCCAGUCUCUGCAAUUGGAUUUGAAGGCUAUGAAAAGAGGCUUGAAAUUUCUUUUUUUGAGCCAGGCGUCUUUGCUGAUCCUGGAGGGAUUGGCUUCAGUGCCUUGUCCAGGAAUCAGCUGGAAGAGAUUCUAAACCCUGCUGAAUGCACAAUUGUUGCCUCUCUGGUGAAUGAUGAAGUUGAUUCUUACGUACUUUCGGAAUCUAGCCUCUUUGUGUACCCUUACAAACUUAUCAUCAAGACCUGUGGCACUACAAAGUUACUUCUUUCAAUACCAGCCAUCCUUAAGUUGGCUGACUACCUUUCCCUAAGGGUAAAAUCUGUGAGUUACACUCGUGGGAGCUUUACGUUUCCAGGGGCUCAGCCAUUUCCACACCGUAGCUUCUCUGAGGAAGUUGCUGUUCUUGACAGUCAUUUCAGCCAACUUGGGUUGGAUAGCAAGGCUUAUGUGAUGGGCUGUUCUGAUAAAUCUCAGAAGUGGCAUGUUUAUUCUGCUUGUGCUGGAGCUAGUUCCAAUUGUGACCCAAUUUAUACUUUGGAGGUGUGCAUGACUGGAUUGGACAGAAAGAGUGCAUCUGUCUUCUACAAAACAAAUGCAAGUUCUGCAGCUGCUAUGACCGAAGCUUCUGGGAUUAGGAAAAUUCUUCCACAAUCAGAUAUAUGUGAUUUUGAUUUUGAACCUUGCGGUUACUCCAUGAACAGCAUCCAACAAGGUGCAAUUUCUACUAUCCAUGUGACACCAGAAGAUGGUUUCAGCUACGCUAGCUUUGAGGCUGUGGGUUAUGAUUUUAAAGUAGUGGAUUUGACCCAGCUGCUUGAGAGGGUGUUGGCAUGCUUCCAACCUACAGAUUUCUCUGUUGCACUGCAUUCUGAUGUGGUUGGUGAAGAUCUUGGAGCCAGGUUCCUUAUGGAUUUCAAGGGAUACUGUUUUGAUCAAAGGAGCUGUGAAGUGAUGGGGAAGGGUGGGUCUAUCAUCUACCAGACCUUCGCAAAGGUUGCGGACCAGUUAUCUCCCAGGUCUACAUUGAAAGGAGGCUGGAGCGAGGACGAGAAGGACGAGGAAGUUGAAUCGAAAUAGCUCUGAAUCUGAUGUUCGUGAUGUUUUUAAUUUCAAUCGUUUUAUAUGAAUAAAUGUUGUGGGGUUAUGUUCUUAAGUAUGAGGGCAUGGUCCUGCCAUAGGUGAUGCUACCAUGAUCUCCUUUGUUAGCAAGACUAAAUUUGGUUUAUGUAAGCAACUUUAUGUUAUGUGCCGGGUUUUUCAAUUUUGUAAGUUGUUUUUCAAUUAUUUUAAUGAGUGUUGUUAUCUUUCUU